CCUCAGAUUGAAUUUGUAGAUGAUAUGGUGUCCGAGUAAGGUGGAUGUUCAUGGCUGUAAAAUCCAAAAUAAGUUGAACUGGUCAUCUCCCUGCAACCAGGCUUACAUGUUUCCACUGAAAAUCUGUGGCCGUUUAUGGUUUGACUGCCUUCUCCCAACAGUUAAAAGUGAUAAUGAGUCGAAUCCUAAGGCUAGGGAAAGCUUUCGAUGUCUCAAACACACUAAGAUCAAUGUGCUUCUGGUUGCCUUACCAGACUUCUCAAAGCCAUUCCUUGCAGAAAGGAAUGGUAUAGGUCAAAGAUUUCUAUACGCACGCAAGAGCAAUGCCUUAUUGUCGGUUUCUUCUUUUGAACAAGAAACAAAACUUUUCGUUGAUGUAAUGAAAAGAGACUAUUGCUCGAAGGAUACAAACUCCAUAAAGGAGUGAAAUGCACCAAGAAGAAGCCUACAAAACUGCAGAAUUAAUGCGAUCAAACCAAGGAAGAGGAGACUUGUGUUCAGGUCUCCAUCCAAGCUUCUCUUGAUGAUAUGGUUACAAUCCCAUAUAUUAAAGGCAACCGAUGAUAAUUGUAUUUUACAUUAAAAAAUGGCCUUCAUACGUAUUGGGCCAAUGAUUAAAAAAUUGUACAGAUCAACGCAGCUUGAAGUUCUUCUACAAACAACCGUGUGAAGGCGAAUUUCCGAAGAGGAUCGGGAAGCCUGAGCUGAGAAGUGAGAUGAAGGUGGAUGAAUGGUUAGUGAUGAAAAAAAGAACAGACAGACUUUAGCUCUGAGUAGGCAGCCUGAUAGCAGAUGGUCUACCAGAAGGGCCGAGCAUCGUUUCUGGACAACCGAUCAGACCUUUAGCCAAGAGGAGGUGUCUUGUAAGGUUAUGAAAUUUAGAAUAUUCUCAAAUUCGUGAGAUUUUUCUUCUGGCUUCUUGAUCUUGGGAAGGUUAAUUCUUUUUAAUCUUAUACAGAAACUCAAUAGCCCUCGAUACCGAUCGUGACAACAUAAGGAACUCCUACCAAUGCAGUCUGUUUUGGCAAAUUUAUGUGUCUGUUUUUUCCCAAGCAAGGUAAAUCCCCUAGGAAACAUGAGGUCAUCUUCAUAACUCCUACAGGGGAGGAGAUCAACCACAAAAGGAAGUUGGAUCAGUACCUGAAGGCACACCCCGGUAGCCCGGCAGCUGCUGAAUUUGAUUGGAGCACGGGCGAGACGCCAAGGAGGUCAGCAAGGAUAAGCGAAAAGAGUAAAGUGACUCCACCGGUCGAACGUGAGCAUCCCAAGAGAAGAAGAUCUUCUGUGUCGAAGAAAGAUAUUAAAGAAACAGAAGCUGAACCAGAAGUUUUGGAGGAGAAGAAAGAAAUUGACGACCAAGACGGUGAAAAACAUGAGAGAAUGGUUGAUGCUGCGGUAAAAGAUGAAAAGGUAACAAAAGAUGAAGCUGUGGAUGCUGAAAAACAAGAACAUAAGAUAGCUAGUGAAUCAGAACAAGAAAAAUUGGACAAAGAUCUCAAUGAGAAGGAACCUGAAAGCUCCAAAUUAAACCUCAAUGAGAAUCUGGAGGUUGCAAAGCAAGAGGAAGCCAUUGAGGAACCACAAGUUCAGAAGAAGCCUGAUGGUAAUCUGGGUGAAGCUACCGAACCCGGUUCCCUUAUAUCUGACGAAAACAAAAACGUGCCAGAGGAGAAUCAAAAACCUACUCAACAGGAUAUCGAACUCGACAAAGGAGCUGCAACUCCAGAAAAGAGUGAGAAACAUACCGAGGCCGACAAGAUUGUUGACGUCGCCGAGAAUGGCAACGGCAGGAAUGAAGGUGGUGAGGUAAAGACUUGAAAACGAUAUUACGUUUCUGGCUGUAGCCUCUUCAUUGGUGUUUUGAACAGAUUCAGAUUGCUGGGUUGGUCUGUGAUUCUGAUGUGGUUAAUUGUAGUAAUCUAAUUAUUGACAUAAACAUCCAUAGAUUAGGUUUAUUAUGUUCCAUCGCUUGUUGUUCACUUGUACUGAAUAAAAUUGUAGUUCAUAAUGAUCUCUGUAACAUUCAAGUUUAAUAUGCUUGUACCAUGCUGUUGUAAUGUAAACCUUUGUAAGGUAGAGAUUUAUGCAUACCCAUUUAGUUAGGAUC